AGUGGGACCAAAACAAAGGAGCGGCGGCCGGGAGGCGAGCUGCGUCUUCUCGUCCCGGUUCCGCGCCCGGCCGUGGCCGCCGACCCCGCGGGAGCGGUUGCGAUCAUGUCCAACAUGGAGAAACACCUGUUCAACCUCAAGUUUGCGGCCAAAGAACUGAGCCGGAGCGCCAAGAAAUGCGACAAGGAGGAGAAGGCCGAGAAGGCCAAAAUUAAAAAGGCCAUCCAGAAGGGCAACAUGGAAGUGGCGAGGAUCCACGCCGAGAACGCCAUCCGCCAGAAGAACCAGGCGGUGAAUUUCCUGAGGAUGAGCGCGAGGGUCGACGCGGUGGCUGCCAGGGUGCAGACGGCCGUGACGAUGGGCAAGGUGACCAAGUCGAUGGCCGGCGUGGUGAAGUCCAUGGACGCGACGCUCAAGACCAUGAACCUCGAGAAGAUCUCGGCCCUGAUGGACAAGUUCGAGCACCAGUUCGAGACGCUGGACGUGCAGACGCAGCAGAUGGAAGACACGAUGAGCAGCACGACGACGCUGACCACUCCCCAGAACCAGGUGGAUCUGCUGCUCCAGGAAAUGGCCGACGAGGCCGGCCUCGACCUCAACAUGGAGCUGCCGCAGGGGCAGACGGGCUCGGUGGGCACGAGCGUGGCGUCGGCCGAGCAGGACGAGCUGUCGCAGAGACUGGCUCGCCUCCGGGACCAGGUGUGAGGGACGCGGUGGGGGCAGCGGGGCGGACCGGACGCCGAGGCCCGUGGCCCUGGGGGAGUCGGCGGCCCGUGCCCCGGGGGUCCUCCGCCAGUGCCCCUGGGGGAGUCGGUGGCCCUUGCCCCUGGGGGAGUCGGCGGCCCGUGCCCCUGGGGGUCCUCGGCCAGUGCCCCUGGGGGAGUCGGCGGCCCCUGAUCCUGGGGGUCCUCGGCCCUUGCCCCUGGGGGUCCUCGGCCUCCGCAGCCCGUGCCCCUCAGUGCCCAAGGCGCUUGUCCCUUGGGGUCCGCGGCCCUCUUUACCUGCGCUGGGAACGCCAGCCUCUCGCCACUCCCAGCUGGAGUUUAAAGUUCUGUAUAGCUUGUGACGACGAUGUGUAUUUUUAUAGCCGCCUUCUAACGACUAGCUAAUUUGGUGUUUACAGAUCGUUGGAAAUCGAACAACGCUCUGGUUUCCGUGUGUUCAGUGUAAGCGGUACUGUCUGGGUUGGGAGAUGCCGCCUGAACAACUCCGGAAGGGGAAUGGGUGGUUCCUUUCAUGCCUCGUGGGGCAGUGACUCAGUGACUGUAGGUUUCUGUGUAUCCUUCAUUUUGCUUGCCCCUCGGAACAGCACUGCAAUUGACUAUUGGUCUGUUCUCAGAACUUAUACUAAAAUGAUCGGAGAAUUCUUGCGCAUUAACGCUCUGGUGCUGCCUAAGUUCUGUUCACUUCUCAUAGCUUGAGGAAAUGCCACCGAGCCUCGGGGGUCAGGAACAGUUAGGGUGCACUUUCUAUUUACCCGUUGGUUUUUUUUUUUUUUUUUUUAACAGACAGAAGGCUUAAGGUUGGACAGUUUCGCUUCAAGCAACCCUCUCAGCACCUUGCUGGUUAUUUUUCUGGCUCACACCUGAGUCUUAACAGACUGUGUUAAUUAGCAUGGCAGUCAUAUGACUCAUUCUAGCAUUGCCAAAGAACUGGUGAUUGUCAAUUGCUU